AGGAAGGGCAAGGGGGUCAGCCAAGGGCCGAGCGAGCGGAGGUCCAAAAGCGAUGCCUUCCACGCCGGACGGAACCGGCAGCCAGAAUGCUCCGCCGCAACCGCGCCCACUGGAGGCAGGGCCACUGGGCAUUGGGGAAGACUCGAGACACAAGCGGGAUGGUGCCCCUUGUGUCGUCAUAGCCUUUGCCGAGUUGUGACCAUCACCGGCACUGUCCGAGUCUCGAGGCGCACGGUCCCAAUCGGACGAACGCGCACCUCAACACCCAUGAGCGCCGGCAGACAACCCGGGGAGAGACCAGCUCCCCCCCGGAGGUCUCACAACUCUGCCAAUGCCCAUGGCAGAAUCCAAGCGGGUAGCUAAUCCGCCGGGACUCCACCACGGUGACCCUACCCUUCAUGGACAGGAUCGCAACAGAGGUUUUGGAGCAACUCACCUUAGAUGUUUAAUGUCGAGGAAGUGGAGGAAGUGGAGGAGGAGGAGGAGGAGGAGGGGGAGGAGGAGGAGGAGGAAGAGUUGGUUGAUGAGGAAAGAAAGAAAGUGGGAAAGAGGAAAAAUGGCCUGCUUAUGUAUCCCUUCGAGGGCGAAGCCGGUCUCCAGUCCAGCGUCAGGGGCGGACAGCGCACAAGAAAUUUCUUUCAAAGAGCGAAGCGGGUCGCCAGUGUCUGCCUGGUGGGCCGAUAGCGCCAGGAAAUUCCGUUCAGUGGGCGACGCUGAUCGCCAGCCGCUGAUCCGCGGGUGGAAAGGCGUGCGUGGGCUGGAAUGCCAACGGCGAAUCAGUCAUGUACGCAGUUUUCUGCGUGGGAUCAGCAGAUGUACGCGCCCAUCAGCUCGCGCGCACAGUCGUUGAUCUGAUCUGGCGCACGGCAAGCCCGCUGCUUCGCGACGCCUUUUCGAAAGCCAUCAGAGAUGCACACAAUUGUGUCCAGCUGCUGCUCGCACAACUGCACCGAGCGAUCAGCCCCAUUUCCAGAAUCACGUCAUUCGCCACUGUCGAUUGCUUCUCAUUUUUGCACACGC